GCGCGCUUUGUGUCGCGGAGAUUCGGGCGGCCUGGAGACCCGGAACAGUAAGAGGAGCAGGAGGCGGCGACGGUGGCGGGUCGCGCAGCAACCGGUCGCGCGGGGGUGGGGGCGUGAGCCCACUGGAACCCGGUGAGGAGGAGGAGGAGGAGGAGAACCCAGGCAAAGUCAGCCGUUGGGUUGCUCAGCAAUAACGGUCUUGGCAUGCAUAACCGUUCUGCGCUGGAGAUGUGAUCUUCAUGGUAGUCUGAGUUGUAAAUUACUCCAAUGGAUGCAGAGAGUGAUGUUGCAUUGGACAUUUUAAUCACAAAUGUAGUAUGUGUCUUCCGAACAAGAUGUCAUUUAAACUUGCGAAAGAUUGCUUUAGAAGGAGCAAAUGUAAUAUACAAGCGUGAUGUUGGGAAAGUAUUAAUGAAGCUUAGGAAGCCCAGGAUUACAGCAACAAUUUGGUCCUCAGGGAAAGUAAUUUGCACAGGGGCUACAAGUUGCUCAUUUAUUUUUUUCAACUCUAGCGAAGAAGAAGCUAAAUUUGGUGCCAGACGAUUAGCCCGUAGUCUGCAAAAACUAGGUUUUCAGGUGAUUUUUACAGAUUUUAAAGUUGUCAAUGUUUUAGCAGUAUGCAACAUGCCCUUUGAAAUCAGAUUGCCAGAAUUCACAAAAAACAACAGGCCUCAUGCUAGUUAUGAACCUGAGCUUCAUCCUGCAGUGUGCUACAGAAUAAAAUCUCUCAGAGCUACAUUACAGAUUUUUUCAACAGGAAGUAUCACAGUUACAGGACCAAAUGUAAAGGCUGUUGCCACUGCAGUGGAACAGAUCUAUCCAUUUGUGUUUGAAAGCAGGAAAGAAAUUUUAUAAUUUGCCACUUCGUGGUUAGGCGACCUAACCAAGCACCUUCUUAUGAGACUGCUGCGCAUUGGACUUAAAGCAAAAACAAGAGGGUGGGGGUGGGGAAAGGACAACUGGACCAACACAGCUGAGGAGGUGCAAGCUUUUGGCCACAGUUAUAAACUCCAGUCCUUUUUGGAUUUUGUUUUGAACAGUGCUGUAUUGUAAAAACAAAAGUUUACAAGAGAUGAAAUUGCUGCUUUUUACAAGACAUUCUAUUUAUUUCUGCAGUAAUUUCUGUGUGUUCAUAAGCAGAAUUUGUCACGAUAUGCACUAACUUUGGAAAUACUUCUUUAGUUUGAGCUUGUGUUUUAUUUGUGAAUAGUCUUUUACAUUUUUGUACGCUGACUGUUGGGCACCAAAGAUGCUGUAGACAUUACCCUUUUUCACCUGACAAAUGUGCACAAAUAAAGGCCUGUAAAAUCUCUCUUCAUCCUUGUUCCGUUACAUUCCUUCUUCCUUUUCUAUUAACCAUUGUAUAUUGGCAAAGUAGCUCUAGAAUUCUAUAUGUAUAAUCUUUUGCUUAUAUUUUGUUCCAGUUCUAGUGUGUAUGUAAAGUGAUCAGUAGCAGACUAGACUGAAACUGGCAGAUGCUUAAGUUCCAAGGGCAGAAUUUGGCUUGCUGUAUUUUUUUCUUGUAACUAAAUGCAGAAUUUGGAGGAUUGCCUUCCUGCCUUGCUAAAUGAGAAUGUAUUCUGCGUCAUAAUGGACUACAGUGAAGAAUGUGGUCAAUGAAGAGAGAAGCUUUCAUUCUGAAGCACUUGUGGUUGUAAAAUCAGCUGUCCUUGUCUGCAUUCCAGAUGCAAGUUCUGUUUUUGUUUUUUUGAAGCCAUGUUAUGACCUACUUCCACUGACUGAUCUUAAUUUUCAGGAAAGACCAUCCUUUGCAUUUGUUCAGUCUUAAUCUUCUAAACAACUGUCCACUUUUUUGCCAAAUGUUACUAUAGUACUGUUAUACAGUUAAAAAAAAUCACUAACAAGCACGAAAGCUUGACUUUGGCAUGUAAUUUUGAGACUGGAAAGCCAAUACGGAAUUUCUCAAUUCGUUUGCAUAUGGAACAGAUGAGAGAUAAAUCAUAAUGAAAAUGCUAUUCUUGCCGUCUACAAUAAAUAUGUAAAACUACA